GAAAGAGACAGAUGGAAGAAUAGAAGAAAGGUUUAGGUGUGUCAUGUGUGAGCAUUGACAUCAGAGUUGAACUUGAUCUAUCUACUACCACUCUCCUUCUUCUUCAAUUCAUCAAUCAAUCAAUCAUUCAGAGUAUUUGUUUGAAAUUUUAAUGGGUAUACUCUACGCGCUAGUGGGUCGUGGAUCGGUGGUGCUGGCGGAGUUCAGCGGCACCUCCACCAACGCCAGCGUCAUCGCAAGACAGAUAUUGGACAAGAUCCCUGGCAACAACGACACCCACGUUUCUUACUCUCAAGAUCGUUACAUCUUUCAUGUUAAACGCACCGAUGGCCUCACCGUUCUCUGUAUGGCCGACGACACCGCCGGCAGGAGAAUUCCUUUUGCGUUCCUUGAAGAAAUUCAUCAGAGGUUUGUGAGGACUUAUGGACGCGCUGUUCUCUCUGCUCAGCCUUAUGGAAUGAACGAUGAGUUCUCUAGGGUUUUGAGCCAGCAAAUGGAGUAUUACUCCACUGACCCUAAUGCCGAUAAGAUUAACCGAAUCAAAGGUGAAAUGAAUCAGGUACGAAACGUGAUGAUAGAAAAUAUAGACAAAGUUUUAGAUAGAGGGGAUCGAUUGGAAUUGCUCGUGGAUAAAACUGCUAAUAUGCAAGGAAACACCUUUCGCUUCAGGAAGCAAGCUCGCCGUUUCAGAAGCACCGUCUGGUGGAGAAAUGUCAAGCUUACGAUUGCGCUUAUAGUCACCCUACUUGUGAUAGUUUAUGUUGUGUUGGCUUUUGUUUGCCAUGGGCCUGCACUACCAUCUUGCCUUAAGUGAAGGAUUAGCAAGUGAAUUUUAUGUGUGCUUCCUUGUCGUCUUCAGCUUGCAGAGGUCACUUUCUUUUUAUCUUCCAUUGUUAUGCAGAUUCCAUCUUCAAUUGCUGGGCUGUCUGCAUGUGUGCUAGUGAAUUCCCUUGCAAUCGAUUCGAAGUGUUUGGGGUUGUAUUUUUAUUAUGAGGCUUGAAGAAGGAGAAAAAAGAUAAAAAAAGGAAAAGAGGGGGGCAUGUCUGUUAUUGCACUCUCAUUCCACCCCAAAAAUUUGGAUUGAACAGGAAAUUGGCUGAGAUUUUAAUUUAUGUAAAUUAUAGCAUUGCAGCUUCAUGGUGUCAUAGAUGUUUCCUUCUCUUCUUGUUUAAGAGGAGGAAGGGUGAACUUUUAGAUUCCAUGUGUCCCUUCAUAGCGCAAUGAAGGGUGUUUUGAAUGGUCGUCAUCUUGAAUUGCUGGAUCAAAUCAAAUAGUGCUUCAGUAGCUCAGAGUAGUAGUUUUAGAAACUAUUCCACCACUCCCAUGUUGUGCUAACACUAACAUAUUUCGGUUUUUGAACACUCCCUCAUUCGACAACAUAACAAGAUAAAAUUGUA